GGCAUGGUACCUAGGCAUAUAGGGUAGGGUACGUACGUGUAGACGCGGUAGGCAACCUUAGGUAGGUACCUAACCUAGGUACCUAGACAGGCAUGUACCAGUCUGUAGAUAGCCACGAGUUCCCUGUUCUAUGCGAUUCGGCGUCGCUGGCCCUAUCAGCACCCCUGUAUUUGCGACGGGAAGGGCGAGAACUGGUACCAUGCCACUACGUCCCCCAUCCCCAUCCUCAUCCAUCCCCCCAUCCAAGACGCGACCUUCAUCCCGCUGUUCAUUCGGCUUGGUCCCCGUAACUAUGCCAUGCCAGUAGGAUGUAUGUGUACCCUCGCCGCAGGAUCGAGGUCGUGGUUGCUAUUCGACCUUAAUAAAUAAAGAGUCCGUCGCGCCCGCGCAACCCUCUCGCCGUGAUACUAUUCCGCUCUCUUCUUUUAUCCUUUCCUUCCCCCCCUCCUCCCCCUCCAUCCCAGGCCUCGUCUGCGUCGAGUGGUGGCCGUUCGCCAAAAUUCACUUCUUCCCGCCCCCCCUCCAUUCCUCUCUCCCUUUCCUCCUUCGGAAAGGAGGAACAUCGCAACAACAUCGCCCGUUGCUGUCGGUGCCGUAGUGAUAGCGUCCAAUCUACCACCGAUUUGACGGCUCCCAUCCGCCACCAUGGGUUCUCCCGAUCUCGCCGCCAGCAGCGGCAGCAACAAUGAGGAGAAGGAAGUGCCCCCGCCGACCUACUCGCCCCAGGUCGUCGGCCAGGUGCACCAGGGCGCGGUCCGAUCCGACAACUGGGCUACCCGCAAUGGUCUGAACCUCGAAUCCUUCAAGAUGCGCGACUACGGUCGCGGCAUCGUCGAGCUCGAUCGAAGCAUGAAACCGAGGCAUCUACACAUGAUCGCUAUCGGAGGGUCUAUCGGCGCCGGCUUCUUCGUCGGUUCGGGCAGGGCUCUGUCCACUGGUGGUCCCGCAUCUCUGUUUCUCGACUUCCUUAUUAUCGGUAUAAUGAUGUUCAACGUCGUCUAUGCUCUCGGUGAAUUGGCUGUUAUGUUCCCUGUCUCUGGCGGUUUCUACACCUAUGCCACUCGUUUCAUCGACCCCUCGUGGGGUUUCGCUAUGGGUUGGAACUAUGUGCUGCAAUGGGCCGUCGUCGUUCCGCUAGAACUCACCGUCUGCGCUAUCUCGAUCGACUACUGGAACCCGACCAUCAGCCACGGCGUCUGGAUCACCGUAUUUUACGUCUUCCUCAUCGCGGUUAACAUCUUCGGUACUCUCGGAUAUGCUGAGGAGGAAUUCUGGUCGUCGAUCCUGAAGCUCUCGGCUACCGUCGUUUUCAUGUUCAUCGCGUUGGUUUGUGUCCUCGGUGGCGGUCCCGAGAGAGGCUCGUACAGCGAGUACUGGGGCGCGCGCCUCUGGUACGAGCCCGGCGCGUUCCGAAAUGGCUUCCGAGGCUUCUGCGCCGUCUUCGUCACUGCUGCCUUCUCAUUCAGCGGAACUGAGCUGGUCGGUCUCGCUGCCGCCGAGUCCAAGAACCCCGCCAAGGCCCUCCCGGGUGCUAUCAAGCAGGUCUUCUGGCGGAUCACCCUAUUCUAUCUCAUUGGUCUGACCUUCGUCGGCCUGUUGAUCUCUAGCGACGAUAACAACUUGCUGAACCCGGAAUCUGGAAACGAUGUCGCGGCUUCGCCUUUCGUCUUGGUCGGGCAAUACGCCGGUCUCGAUGGAUUUGACCACUUCAUGAACUUCAUCAUCCUCGUCUCGGUCGUGUCGAUCGGCGUGUCGGGCGUUUAUGGUGGCAGCCGUACCCUCACGGCUCUCGCUCAGCAAGGGUACGCCCCCAAGGUUUUCACCUACGUCGACCGCAGUGGCCGCCCUCUGUUUUCCGUCGCUCUCCUCCUCCUCUUCGGGGGCAUUGCCUACAUCGAUUUGGCAUCCGACGGCGCAACCGUCUUCGACUGGCUCAGCGCCCUGUCUGGCCUCGCUGCUCUCUUCACUUGGGGCUCUAUCUGCUUGGCCCACAUCCGCUUCCGGAGUGCCUGGGCCUACCACGGCCACACGCUCGACGAGAUUCCCUUCAAGGCGAUUGGCGGUGUUUACGGAUCCUGGCUCGGAUUGAUCUUGGUCGCACUCGUUUUGAUUGCCCAGCUCUUCGUCGCUAUCUGCCCUCCAACCGGCGGCUUUAACGAUGCCGAGGGUUUCUUCAAGUCCUACCUUGCGCUUCCCGUCGUCAUGCUCUUCUGGGUCAUCGGCUACCUGUGGAAGCGCACCGGCUGGCUCCGAAUCGACCAGAUUGACGUCGACAACGACCGACGAGUGAUCGAUUGGAAUGAGAUUAACGAGCAUCGCGCGAAAAUUGCCGCCUUGCCGGCCUGGAAGCGUAUCAUCGACCUUAUAUUCUGA